AUGUCUACAUCAAAUCCAAAAUCUCCUUCGAGAGAAGAUUUAGAUGAUACACGUAGAGCAGCAUUAGAAGAAAUCGAUAAUGCUAAAUUUGGAUGGUUUCAUAUUCGCGCAUGUUUGGUCGCUGGUAUAGGAUUCUUUACAGAUGCAUAUGAUUUAUUUUCAAUUAAUUUAGUUUCAGCAAUAUUGGGUUAUACUUAUUUCAGUAGUAUAAAUGCAAAUGAGGUACCAACCGAUAUUGAUUCGGGAUUAAAAUCAUCUGCUGCAAUUGGUACUAUGUUUGGUCAAUUGAUUUUCGGUUGGAUGGCCGAUCGAUUUGGUCGAAAGAAAAUGUAUGGAAUUGAACUUAUGAUAAUUAUUGUUACAACAAUUGGUUCUGCUUUAUCACCAAAAAAUUUAUCAAUUGAUAUGUAUACUAUCAUAAUUGUAUGGCGUUUAAUACUUGGACUUGGUAUCGGCGGUGAUUAUCCUCUAUCCGCAAUUAUAACAAGUGAAUUUGCGAGUAAAAAAAGGCGUGGAGCAAUGAUGGCGGCCGUUUUUGCGAUGCAAGGAUUUGGAAUUUUAUUCGCUGGAGUUGUAUCUCUUGUUACUUUAUUAGCUUUUCGACCGUUAAUUUUAUCAAAUUCACAAAAUCUUGAUUAUGUUUGGCGUAUCAUUAUUGGUGUCGGUAUUAUUCCCGCUACAAUCGCACUUUAUUUUCGUUUAACAAUUCCUGAAACUCCAAGAUUUACUAUAGAUGUUCAAGGAAAUGUUGAUAAAGCUGCUCAUAAUAUUAAAUUUGCAUUAGAACAGGGUAAAUAUAUUGAAAAAUAUGAAAUUGAAUCAGAAUAUAGAAUCGUAAUACAAAAAGCUACUUGGAAAGAUUUCAUACAUCAUUUUGGACAAUGGGAAAAUGGAAAAGUUUUACUUGGAACUUCUGUUACUUGGUUCGCUCAUGAUAUUGCUUAUUAUGGUAUUGGUUUAAAUAAUGCUAUAAUAUUAGAAGCUAUAGGUUAUGUAAAAACUGAAGAUGCUUAUCAAUCUUUAUUUAAUAUUUCUAUUGGAAAUAUUGUUAUAACUCUUAUGGGUACAAUACCAGGUUAUUGGUUUACAGUAUUUUUAGUAGAUUCUUUAGGUAGAAAAUAUAUUCAAUUACAAGGUUUCGCUUUACUUACAAUAAUAUUUAUAAUUAUUGGUUUUGGUUAUAAAGAAAUUAUUACAAAAUCAAUUCCUUUAUUUAUAAUCCUUUAUUCUUUAUCCCAAUUUUUUCAAAAUUUUGGUCCAAAUGCAACCACUUUUAUCGUACCAGGUGAAGUUUUUCCAACAAGAUAUCGUUCAACUUGUCAUGGAAUUUCUGCUGCUUCUGGUAAAUUAGGUGCUAUAAUUUCUCAAUUCGUAUUUUUAAAAUUAAAAGAUAUUGGAGGAAAAAAUCAAUCCGUUAAUCAUUUAUUUAAAUUUUUUGGUUUUUUCACUUUUAUUGGUUUUUUAUUUACUUUAUUAAUACCUGAAACAAAAGGUUUAACUUUAGAAGAAUUAUCUAAUGAAAAAAAAAUUAUUCAUAUUGAUAAAGAUACAAAAGAUAUUAUUAUUGAUGAUCCUACUAUAUUAUCUUCGAGAAGUAUUAGAAAAUCUAGACCUUGGUAUGAGGAGGAUGAUGAUUUUAGUGAUGCUUCAUAA